AUGCACGAACCGGCGGCCGCUGCUGCUGAUGCGAACAAAAUCCUUUCGCUCUGUUGGAAUCAAGGAAUCCUGGCUGCUGCCUACUACGACGUUGACCUGCUGGAACUGAGCGCCGUUCAGCAGGCCACAGAACCCCGACCUCAGUACGCUUUAACCAGAAAUCUUAUCCGACAGUACAAUCCACUAUUUUAUCUCGUAUCCGGUUCCAAUGUGUUUCUCAACGAUGUUCCCGAGUUGUUAGACUUUCCGGUGGGGACUAAUUUAUUAAAUUUUGGAGCAGGCAGAAUUGAACCUUGUGAAAAGGCUCGAAUAUGCAGUUUUGGAACCAAAGCUGUUAAGAGUAGUUACGAGCGAGUACUUGCACUCAGUUUGCCGGGUAUGCCAGCUGGGGCUUCGGAAUGUGAAAGGAAACUCUUUCUGGAAAGUGUUCUUCCCUUCAAGCAGGAUCUGCUAAUCCACGCGGUUGCUUGUCUACUCAAGUUGCUGGAUCUCAAUAAGGAAGAUGAUGGACCUCUUUUGAUGAAGAUAACCCUUCUGGCACCCGAAUCACAGUUGAUGAUCGAUGACUUAACCUACCAGGCACUGCAGAUUUUCAACACUAGGCUGCAUCCUUCCGGGUUCAAGAAAAAAUUGGAAGAGAGCUCCUGUUCGUUGAUCAAUUUAUUCAACCGGUGCGCGUCGAAGAUCGGGAAACAGGAAUUGAUGGCUGUACUGCAGCAACCUAUACGAGACCUGAGCGAGCUAAAUCGACGGCUUAAUACGGUACAGUGGCUAGUUGAAGUCCGAAAUGGAAGAACUGUUGGACAAAUGAGAAGUUUUAUCGGUAAUCUAACGAGAGUUCAAAUGUUGUACAGAAAAAUCAUUAACAAAUCGGCAAAAAAUGCGGACUGGGCCUCAUUCAAAAAGAAUGUUCUGUACAGUUAUUUGCUUUGCAAGCUUUGUUCGGAAGCAAAUGAUCCAACACUGCGGGAUACUCCCAUUGACAUACUCUCGAGAUUUGUUUCAAAUCAAGAUAACAUUUUGAAACAGCUUCUUUUCACGUUAAACGAAGUUAUUGACCUGGAAAGAGGUGAACGGGAAAACAAAUUCACCGUUAAACGCGGACUUGAUGCGGAAUUAGAUCGAAUGCACAGCAUAUUUGACGACGCGAAAACGGCAAUAGUGGACUCUUCUCGUUUGGACAUCGGUAAUCUACCGGUUCACGUGAGUGACGUAUACGUAACGUAUCUGGACAACUACGGUUUCGUGUUUAGCAGCAGUGCAGUGGAAAAUCUUCGAGAUCCCACGGUUUUCGAACGCUCCCAGAUGAACUUAUUGCUUCAAUCGGAUGACACCGUUUACUUCCAGAAUGGUCUCUGCCGGGAACUCAACCAUAGUCUUAGUAGUCUUCUGUCAGCCAUGAGAGAACGCGAGCAAAAAUUUCAGGAAAAAUUAGUUGACUUUAUCGAUUGUGCCAUACCGGAAGUGUUGAACGUUUUCAAACUAGCAGCCAAGCUUGACGUUCUGCUGGCUUUUGCUUCUGUGGCCGGAAGUUUGGAUUAUACCCGACCAGUUAUUACUGAGCAAAAAAUUAUUCGAAUCAAAACUGGACGGCAUCCGCUCGUAGAACAGUUCAAAGUCUACCGCCCUAGUAAUAGUGAUAUAGGAGUUACGGAACAAAAUUAUGUGACCAUUAUGGCAUCUGAAGAACCACUUGGAAAGACUAUUUACCUUAAAGAACUGGCUCUAACUUGCUACCUAGCUCACAUUGGAUCCUUUGUUCCAGCCGAAUCGGCUACCAUCGGUCUACUGGACUCAAUCUACACCCGCUUGGACUACCCGGAGUCGGUCUUCAGCGGAAAAUCUUCCUUUAUGGGAGAAUUGUUUCAAAUGUCCAAUAUCCUACAGAACGCAACCAGCAGAUCGCUGGUAUUAAUCGAUGAAUUCGGAAAGGGAACGACCUACUCCGAAGGAAAAUCAUUACUCAUUUCCAGCAUAGAACACAUCCUGCAAAAGGGCGAACAAGCCCCUCUAACUUUAAUUGCAACCCAAUUCACCACCAUCGCCAAUCACCUCGGCGAGAGCCAGUUCCUUCGAACAUAUGCCACACAGUCCGACGACGACGAACAUGACCAGCCAGAGCGGAACAAUGAAUCUAAUUCCACUCCAACCGACAACUGUCAGCAGUGCUUCACCGCCGUCAGCCAGCGGUUGGCUCUAACGCUAAUGAAGAAAUUUCUGACCAACAACGAGAUCAUCGAUCCCCGAGCGGUUGUCGAGCUUUACAAUUUCUUGCCCCUCACGCAAGCCCCAUCAUGUGAAGGUCAGGAUCUAAGCCGCGAAGAAAGCGGGAAAUUGCUUCGAUAG